AUGAAGGGUCUAGACAAGAUGCUGACCACGACAGCGUCUUUUGUGCCGCGGGACGGAGUGGUCCAGCCCACCAAGCCGCCCCGUGCCUCCCGCACUGUGGCUCCCCCACCGUUGUCACCACCCCCCUCCGACAUCCCCCGUGCAACAGUCCCGUGCCUCCCCGACCGCCCAGCCCCUGCCCCAGCACAGCUUGCAAGCUACCAGCGGCUGAGUUCUGCGGCACAGACGCCGGCUGGCCCUCCACGCCCUGUCCCCUCUCCGCGGCGAUCCCUAGCCAGCCCUCCCGUUCCUGCCACCGCUGAAGCUACGCCAGGGACCACGGCCACCACCGAGAUCGCGACAGCAGCCCAGCCCUCUGCCCCUGCACCCCCCAGUGCACCUCUGUCUGCGGCGCCGCUGCCGGCUCAGAGCGCCGCGGCACUGCCGCGGCCCGACCCACCCCCAUCGCACAGUGGCGCUCCGGGGCUUCACGCCGCAGCGCUGCCAUCCCCUGCGGGCAGCGACGCCCUGGCGUUCCCUUCUGUGGCCACAGACGCGGUCCCUGCUGCGCUCCCCGAGGUGGCCGCCAUGAUGCCUCACCACGCGGAUCCCGUGACACGCCCCCCACAUGCGCAGUCCCUGCGAUCCUCGGAAGACCUGCCUCACACCGCGACACUGCCGCCGUCCCACGCCGCCUCCGCCACGCCUUUGAUCCAGCCUCACGGUUGCCACACGCUCCAUGCUGCAGUCUACCCCCAGCUGACAUCACUGUGCCCUCCCACGCCAGCACCACCGCUCCCAAUUCCAGCCGCAGGACACCAGCCCGCACCGCCACAACUUCCGGGUUUACCGCAUCUACAACUGUCUCCGCCCACACCACCAGCCCAGCCGGAUCCUGCUACAGCCUCAUCACAAGUAGCCCCCACUGCAGCGCGCCUCGCACAGCCUCUGGAAACCCCAACGCUACAGCCACCAGCAGUUCCUGCGCAGCCGCAGCCUCCAGCCACCUUUCACCUGCCUCCAUCGCCACCGAGAAACACUGCAUUACAUGACUGUGCAGAAUCUGGAAGUUUAGAGAUCAUGAAGAUGCUUCUCAAGUAUUGUGCUAAGAUGGAAAAGGAUGGCUAUGGAAUGACUCCUCUUCUGUCAGCCAGUGUGACAGGCCACACAAAUAUUGUGGACUUCCUGACCCAACAUGAACAGACUAGUAAGACAGAAUGUAUAAAUGCUCUGGAACUUCUAGGAGCAACAUUUGUGGACAAAAAGAGAGAUCUGCUUGGUGCUUUGAAAUACUGGAAGCAAGCUAUGGAAAUGAGAUACAAUGAUAGGAUUAGUAUCCUGAACAGACCUGUACCACAAACACUAAUUAUGGCCUAUGAUUAUGCUAAAGAAGUAAACAGCUUAGAAGAGCUAGAAAAUCUUAUUGCAGAUCCCGAUGAGAUGAGAAUGCAAGCACUAUUAAUUAGAGAACGUAUUCUUGGUCCUUCUCACCCAGAUACAUCCUACUAUAUUAGGUACAGAGGUGCUGUCUAUGCAGACUCUGGAAACUUUAAACGAUGCAUCAACUUAUGGAAAUAUGCUUUGGACAUGCAGCAGAGCAAUCUAGAUCCACUGAACCCUAUGACAGCCAGCAGUUUACUGUCAUUUGCUGAACUCUUCUCCUUCAUGCUGCAGGACAAGGCAAAAGGCCUGCUAGGCGCUACUGUCGCAUUUGAUGAUCUAAUGGGUAUACUAUGCAAAAGUGUUCUUGAAAUAGAGCGGGCCAUGAAACAAAUCCAGUGUCCUCCUGAUCCAAUACAGCUAAACAAAGCACUUUCUAUCAUUUUGCAUUUAAUUUGCUUGUUGGAAAAAGUACCUUGCACCUCAGAACAGGAGCAUUUUAAGAAACAGACUAUAUAUAAGUUUCUUAAGCUUCAGCCUAGAGGGAAGAAUAACUUCAGUCCACUUCAUCUUGCUGUUGACAAGAAUACUACAUGUGUGGGUCGCUACCCAGUUUGUAAAUUCCCCUCUCUACAAGUUACUGCUAUCCUGGUGGAAUGUGGUGCUAAUAUAAAUGUCAGAGACUCUGAUAACAACAGUCCUUUACAUAUUGCUGCACUGAACAACCACCUAGGAAUAAUGAAUUUUCUUAUCAAGUCAGGUUCACACUUUGAUGCCACAAACUUGUAUAAACAAACUGCUAGCGAUCUACUGGAUGAGAAAAAAAUAGCAAAAAACUUAAUCCAUCCUAUAAAUCAUACUACAUUGCAAUGUCUUGCUGCUUGUGUUAUAGUGAAUCAUAACAUAUGCUAUGCAGGGCACAUCCCUGAAAAGCUAGAGAAAUUUGUUUUGCUUCAUAGAUAAUAGUGUGCAGGCACAGAGUGCUGUUGUUGAAGCAUGGCUUGGUGACAAUGUUUUUCUUGUGCACUGUUGCAAUAUAUCAGUAUUCCUUUAGUUUGCUCCAUCAUGCUCUCAUUUUCUAAAGCAAUGUUAGAAUUGCAUCUGCAGAGUUGGUUAACCAAUAUUUGAAUAUGCCAUACAUGAUAUUUUGUGGAUUAUUUAGAAAUAUAGUGCUAUAUUUAGACUCCUAAAAUUGUUUGCCAUUGGUUUGUCUAUUCUGGUCCUUUUUUCCUGUCAGGUGUUUAGGACUGAGUUGAAUAUUUUCCACUGAUUUCUUUUUACUACAACUGUUGUGUGGAUUUUAUACAGUUGGAGGGUCAUCUUUUUUUGGUUUUGCUUGAGCAUUUCUACUUUUACUCUGUUCUUUUUCUAUGGACUUGUUAAUAUUUGCAACUACCAUAAGUGCUUUUUAUCUUCUCUAUGCACUGACUUAAAUGUGACUGUGAUGAACAAUUCUAUGCAGCAGUUGGCCAAUUUCAAAUUAAAUGCCCAUUUUGAUUUGCAGUUUUGUUUGGAGCUCUUUUUGAGCAUGCUGCCUUCAUAGCAUUACAAAUUUUGUACCUACAUAUCUAUAGUAAAAUGCAGCGAACCCCGGAUCCAGGGAAAAAAUUAUGAUGUCUGGCUCCAGAUCAGAAGGCUGAAGGAUAACUUUAUUAAAACUAUACUAUAUUACAUUAAUAUACUAUUUAAAGAGAUACUAUACUAUUCUACAUACUUCUUACUUACCUAUCUAACUAACAAACUCGUGACUCUCUGCUGUGAGUCCAAGACACAGCUGGAUCUGAUUGGUCAUUGAACCCAAACAACCUUCACCAGAAUCCAAUCAAGCAAUCACUUCAGACCAUUACAGGGCCGUGGACUUUCACAGAGGAAGAAGAGAGGAGCCUUCCUCAAACGACCACCAGAGAGUAAAAGAAGACCCCCUAGCAACAGAGGGCACAAGCGCAGAGUACACCCAGAGAUACCGCGGACACGGAAGAAAGAGAGUAUAAAAAGACUGUGGGAAGGGGGAAACGGUGUGAGCCGUUG